AUGACGCAGAACGACGCCGUCGACGCGCUCGUGACGGACCCACUGGGAUUCAUCCAGCGCGCGUUCGCUCGAUCGACGACGACGACGACGACGAAGCCGACCGAUGAGGAUUGGGGCGUGCGCGAGACCGCGCUUGAACUCACACGAUGCGAGGAAAAGUUCAACGCGCUGCCGGAGAUUAACGCGCACGGCGGGGUGGAGACGAUUCAAAACAACGCCCUGGUUCGGUUUCGCGGCUUGGUGCAGGACAUGUACGAGCCGGAGUACUACGUCGGGGCGUAUGAACGCGCGAAUGGGGACGAGAAGACGUGGGUGACGACGAAAUAUGCGGAAUCAACGAUGGAUGACGUGAACGGAGGGAUCGGAGAGAGCGUACUGUUCGAGAGACGCGUGCUGUAUUGCGUGCCGGUGCCGGGCGAACGGCGGUGGGUGGGCGAACGCGAGCGGGCGACGAUGAACGAGCGGGCGGCUAGUGAAGAUGCACACGGGGAGAAGCGAGCGCGAGAGGAGGAAGCACAUAUGGACUUGUACGGCGAAACGGACGACUCACUGAAGUUGAACGACGUCGUAGAAUUUGUCGGCAUGCUGUACUAUGCGCCAGAACUCGGAGUCGAGAAACGGGAUCAGCAGAUGGAAGACAGCCCGAACGCCGCUUUGUACGCGUCAUCGGCGUUUCCCGAGGAAGAUGCGUCCAAGAAUCCGGUGACGAGUUUGGUUCCUAGAUUCCACGCCUUGGCGUACAAGGUGACGUCCCAGAAUAAAUUUGUCAACUCGACGCCGGUGGAACGCUUCAGUGAAACCGAAAUGGAAACUUCGCACAAGCUCUCGCCAGAGCAGGUUAAUUCGGCGCGCUCUAAAUUACUGGAUAUCCUUACUAACGUCCUCGGUGGUGAUGUUUUUGCAGCGGAGUUGGUGUUGAUGACGUUGAUUUCGCGCGUCCACACGCGAACGGACAUGCUCACAUUGGGUAAGUUUUCUGUCAACCUCACCGGAUGUAAAUUGGAUUCGUGCGAAACGGGAACGAUAUCUGAAAUGCUGUCUACUGUGAUCGGUCAGGUGUGCCCGAGCACUGCACACCUUCCCGUGACAGUACCCGCGCUUAACGCACGCUCGUGGUCGCCGAAGAAGGAUUACGUGUACAACCGUCUUCGCUCUGGUCCGUUGCAACUUGCCGCGAGCACAGUUUUGCUAUUGGACGAGACCAAACUGGAGGCCGGUACUUUGACUGAGAUUGGCAUUCGAAACGUCGAUGCGCUGAAGUCGCUGUCUACGUUGCAAGAUCUCGAGUACGAUUUUCAGUAUCAUCAGAUGCGAAUGCCCGUGGACGUUCCGCUCAUCAUCUUGUCCGACACGAAGAGCAUCAUUCCGGCGGACGUUAUCGUACCUUUGCGACGCGUGCGUCAGCCGAAAGUCAUCGAAACCACCGAAGAUGAACUUGCAAUCAUGCGUGCCUUCGUCUCCGGAGCUCGCAUGACUAAGCACACGAUCUCUGAACAAACAUCUGCGGACAUCGAAACCGAAAUCGUCGCCGCUCGCAAAAACGACAAGGCGUUGACGCAAGAAGUUUUACAUUUGCUGCUCACCAUGGCGCGUCUCCACGCCCUCGCCCUCGGAGGUUCAGAAGUCACGAAGCAGACGUGGAUCGAAACCGUCGAAAUCAAUCGCCGUGUCGCCGAACGGAAUCGCGUCGUUUAG